GGCCCAGGAGGAGCGGCGCGGCGAGGAGCUGGGACACGGGCGGGGCCGCCGCAGCUCCGGAUGGGACCAGCGCCCUGGGCCCGUUAGUCCCAGCAGGAGCUGGAGGAGAAGCCUUCCCGGGAGACUUACCCCGCUUUCCCCUUCCCUCCGGCCCAGGCCUCGCUUUGCUCCCCGCGCGCCCAUGGUCCGGGUCCUUCCGCAGCACGGCCCCCUCCCACCUUACCCCCUUGGUCCUCCUUUCCGCAGCUUUGUGCCCUCCGAGCCCCUUCAGCUGUGAGGUCCCCCCAGUCCUUUCCUUUGUACCAGCCUGCCCCCCACCCCCACCCCAUCCCAGUCUCGGGUCCCCUUUGCCUUCUUCGCUCUAGACCCAUCAGGCGACUUCACCUCUCACUGUCCAGAUCCCGGUGGCAGCCCCCCUUGGUCCCUCCCUCCCACCGCCCUCCUCGUGGCCCUCAGUCUUUGCCCUAGGUAGGAGGUCCUCGGAGUGGAGGACCCACUCUUGCCCAGUUGCUGGGGCUUCCUCCCACCAAGCCCUGGGGGGCCCACCACUUUGUGUAUCCCAGCCCACCCAGCUUACCUCACUCUCUCCCUCCCCUCUUCCCCAAGUUGCAGGCUGGGUGGUGGUGCUGGUGCCUCCCCUGUAGGCCAGAGCAGCCCCAGGUUCGCGGGGAGGUGGGGUGGCUGCUUUCUCCCCAUGGCACUGCCAUCCCUCCUAUUGUUGGUGGCAGCCCUGGCAGGUGGGGUGCGUCCUCCUGGGGCGCGGAACCUGACGCUGGCGGUGGUGCUGCCAGAACGCAAUCUGAGCUAUGCCUGGGCCUGGCCACGGGUGGGUCCUGCUGUGGCACUGGCUGUGGAGGCGCUGGGCCGGGCACUGCCCGUGGACCUGCGGUUUGUCAGCUCUGAACUAGAUGGCGCCUGCUCUGAGUACCUGGCACCGCUGCGCGCCGUGGACCUCAAGCUGUACCAUGACCCCGACCUUCUGUUGGGCCCCGGUUGCGUGUACCCCGCUGCCUCUGUGGCCCGCUUUGCCUCACACUGGCACCUUCCCCUGCUGACGGCGGGCGCUGUGGCCUCUGGUUUUGCGGCUAAGAAUGAGCAUUAUCGUACCCUGGUGCGCACUGGCCCCUCUGCUCCCAAGCUGGGUGAGUUUGUAGUGAUGUUGCACGGGCACUUCAAUUGGACUGCCCGGGCUGCCUUGCUGUAUCUGGACGCUCGCACAGAUGACCGGCCUCACUACUUCACCAUCGAGGGCGUCUUUGAGGCCCUGCAGGGCAGCAACCUCAGUGUGCACCACCAGGUGUAUGCCCGUGAGCCAGGGGGCCCUGAGCAGGCCACCCACUUCAUCCGGGCCAACGGGCGCAUUGUGUACAUCUGCGGUCCUUUGGAGAUGCUCCAUGAGAUCCUGCUUCAGGCCCAGAGGGAGAACCUGACCAAUGGGGACUAUGUCUUCUUUUACCUGGAUGUCUUUGGGGAGAGUCUCCAUGCAGGCCCCACACGUUCUACAGGCCGGCCCUGGCAGGACAAUCGCACCCGGGAACAGGCCCAGGCCCUCAGAGAGGCUUUCCAGACAGUAUUGGUGAUCACAUACCGAGAACCACCCAAUCCUGAGUAUCAGGAAUUCCAGAAUCGUCUGUUGAUAAGAGCCCGGGAAGAUUUUGGUGUGGAGCUGGCCCCCUCCCUGAUGAACCUCAUUGCUGGCUGCUUCUAUGAUGGGAUCCUGUUAUAUGCUGAAGUCCUGAAUGAGACGAUACAGGAAGGGGGCACUCGGGAAGAUGGACUUCGGAUUGUGGAGAAGAUGCAAGGUCGGAGAUACCACGGUGUAACUGGACUGGUUGUCAUGGACAAGAACAAUGAUCGGGAGACUGAUUUUGUCCUGUGGGCCAUGGGAGACCUGGAUUCAGGGGACUUUCAGCCUGCAGCCCACUACUCAGGAGCCGAGAAGCAGAUUUGGUGGACUGGGCGGCCUAUCCCCUGGGUGAAGGGGGCGCCCCCCUUGGACAAUCCCCCCUGUGCCUUUGACAUGGACGACCCAUCCUGUGAUAAAACUCCUCUUUCAACCCUGGCAAUUGUGGCUCUGGGCACAGGAAUCACUUUCAUCAUGUUUGGUGUUUCCAGCUUCCUCAUUUUCCGUCCUUACAGAAAGCUGAUGCUGGAGAAGGAGCUGGCUAGCAUGUUGUGGCGCAUUCGCUGGGAAGAACUGCAGUUUGGCAACUCUGAGCGAUAUCAUAAAGGUGCAGGCAGCCGUCUCACACUGUCACUGCGGGGAUCCAGUUACGGCUCGCUCAUGACAGCCCAUGGGAAAUACCAGAUCUUUGCCAACACCGGUCACUUCAAGGGUAAUGUCGUUGCCAUCAAACAUGUGAACAAGAAGCGCAUUGAGCUGACCCGGCAGGUUCUGUUUGAGCUCAAACAUAUGAGAGAUGUUCAGUUCAACCAUCUCACUCGCUUCAUUGGUGCCUGUAUUGACCCUCCCAACAUUUGCAUCGUCACUGAGUAUUGCCCUCGUGGGAGUUUACAGGAUAUUCUGGAAAAUGACAGCAUCAACUUGGAUUGGAUGUUUCGUUAUUCGCUCAUUAAUGAUCUUGUGAAGGGCAUGGCCUUUCUCCAUAACAGCAUUAUUGCCUCCCAUGGGAGUCUCAAGUCCUCCAACUGUGUGGUGGAUAGUCGUUUUGUGCUCAAAAUCACAGACUACGGCCUAGCCAGCUUCCGAUCGACUGCUGAACCUGACGACAGCCAUGCUCUCUAUGCCAAGAAGCUGUGGACUGCCCCAGAACUGCUCAGUGGGAACCCCUUGCCAACCGCGGGCAUGCAGAAGGCUGAUGUCUAUAGCUUUGGAAUCAUCUUACAGGAGAUAGCACUGCGCAGUGGUCCUUUCUACUUGGAGGGCCUGGACCUGAGUCCUAAAGAGAUUGUCCAGAAGAUCCGAAAUGGUCAGCGGCCCUAUUUCCGGCCAAGCAUUGACCGGACCCAAUUGAAUGAAGAACUAGUUUUGCUGAUGGAGCGAUGUUGGGCCCAGGACCCAGCUGAGCGACCAGAUUUUGGACAGAUUAAGGGCUUCAUUCGCCGCUUUAAUAAGGAGGGUGGCACCAGCAUAUUGGACAACCUCCUGUUGCGCAUGGAACAGUAUGCCAACAACCUGGAGAAGCUGGUGGAGGAACGCACACAAGCCUAUCUGGAGGAGAAACGCAAGGCUGAAGCUCUACUCUACCAAAUUCUUCCCCAUUCAGUGGCAGAGCAGUUAAAACGGGGAGAGACGGUACAGGCAGAGGCCUUUGACAGUGUGACCAUCUACUUCAGUGACAUCGUUGGCUUCACAGCUUUGUCAGCAGAGAGCACCCCGAUGCAGGUGGUGACACUUCUUAAUGACCUGUACACCUGCUUUGAUGCCAUAAUUGACAACUUUGAUGUCUACAAGGUAGAGACCAUUGGAGAUGCCUAUAUGGUGGUAUCUGGUCUCCCGGGUCGAAAUGGUCAACGCCAUGCUCCAGAAAUUGCUCGUAUGGCCCUAGCAUUGUUGGAUGCAGUUUCGUCCUUCCGCAUCCGCCACAGGCCCCACGACCAGCUGAGGCUACGCAUAGGGGUCCACACAGGGCCCGUCUGUGCUGGGGUUGUUGGCCUGAAGAUGCCCCGCUAUUGUCUUUUUGGAGACACAGUGAACACCGCUUCCCGAAUGGAGUCAAACGGGCAAGCCCUGAAGAUCCAUGUCUCCUCUACCACCAAGGAUGCCCUGGAUGAGCUAGGAUGCUUCCAGUUGGAGCUUCGGGGGGAUGUGGAGAUGAAGGGAAAAGGAAAGAUGCGAACUUAUUGGCUCCUAGGAGAGCGUAAAGGACCUGCUGGACUCCUGUAAGCCCCACUUCUUCCCAAAUCGGACAAUCUCCUGCUGCUGGCAACCUGGGUGGGCAGUGACCACCAUCUCUCCACAUAUCAGAAACGGGCGUCAUUACAUGAGGUGGAAAACCAGUGUGCACAAACACCCUACCUGUAUCAAAGUGUUGCCCUUUGCAGCUCAGUCUUGUACAUAUAUCUGCCCUUCUCUUGCCUGGUCCCUUUCCUCCUGACUUUCUGUAAAUAUCUGUAUCUAAACCAGAAUAUUUUGGCCAAAUACACAACAACAAAAAAAGCCAUGG